CCAUACUCCAAUAGAACCGAAUCUAAUUGUACAGAUUCUUUAACGGACCGAUUUUUGUUUUGUUUUAUGGUUUGAGAACCAACUUUGUAUCCCUAAACCCUAGCUUCUGCAAAACCCUCUCUCCCCAUGUCAGACCCGAAGACCCGGACCCGAGCUUACGAUCCCUACAAGGAUCUCGAUGCUCCAAUUCGAAACCUCUACCACCUCCCAACCUCGCCGGAGUUCCUCUUCGUUGAAGAGGCCCGCCGCAAGCGCCGCUCAUGGGGCGAGAACCUCACCUUCUACACCUGAUGCGGCUACCUGGCCGGAGCCCUCGGCGGCGCCGGCUCAGGACUCCUAGACGGUGUCAGGGCCUUCGAGUCCGGCGACACAACGAAGGUCCGAAUCAACCGCGUCCUGAACGCGGCGGGACACUCGGGUCGGGUCUGGGGAAACCGGGUCGGGAUACUAGGGUUACUCUACGCCGGAAUCGAAAGCGGAAUCGAGGCGGCGAGAGACGCCGACGACGUAUGGAAUAGCGUCGCAGCGGGGCUCGGCACCGGCGCACUGUACCGGGCGGCGAGAGGGGUGAGAUCAGCGGCGGUAGCCGGAGCGGUGGGCGGCGCUGUCGUGGGAGUGGCCGUGGCGGGGAAGCAAGCGUUGAAACGAUAUGUGCCUAUAUGAAAGAAAGAUCAUCACGCGGUUAGAGUGCGAAACAAAAUCUCUAAUAUCUUUUAAUUAUAUCAAACUUUGAGGUAUAAAGAAAUAACAUAGAUUACAGUGUUAGAAAAUGACUGUAAUAGUUAUGUCAAAUACGGUAGUGUUGAUGGUAGUGACUGAGCAUCUUUUGCAGGUUGCAGAGUAUUGCUUUCAUGCCAUGUUUUUUCACUUUUACUAUGGCUGCGGGUUCUAGUGUGUAAUUUAUUGAGUCACCUUGUGAUGAAUAUAGUUUGUGAUGCCACUAAAAAAAUUGUGAUUCUUUUGCCUCUUUUUAUG